AUGUCAUCACCUUACACUUCGCUUGGCGGUCGAGGCAUUCCCGAUUCUCAACUCUUGUCACCUGAAGGACAAGGUAUCACAGAUUCAUACUGGGGUCGAUCGGGUAACGAGUACAUGCCUGCACCGAGUAUCAUCUCCAGAGAUUCGACACACGGCAGCUUGGCAGGCGGAGCAGGCGGAUACGGAAGUAACAGGAAUUCUUGGGGUAGUGGUAUGGCUCUCGCAGCCGCCGCAGGCACCUAUGGAGACGACUCACAUCGUCCCCUACCUGCUCGAGGCUCAUCACGUCUCGCCACUUCGAGCCCUCAAUUGAGCGUAUCAGACGAAUUCGAAGAGCAAGGCCAUGUCGCUCCGAAUGCGAUCAACGCACCCGGCACUUUCUCAGAAAAGUCCCCCCGGUGGGCUGGAGCCUCCAGACCUAAAAAAUCAAGAAAGGCGCUCUGGAUCGGUAUCGGGAUCGGAGCGUUCUUGGUCAUCGGUGCGGGUGUCGGUCUAGGCGUCUACUUCUCCCUGAGGAAUAAAAACAACAGUUCGAGCUCUGGUUCAUCACAGUCUGGUGCUGAUAAUGAUCAAUCCGGAGGGGGCUCCAACGAAGACGGCAGUUCUAAAACCCACACCGGAGGGCAUGGACAACAGCCUUCGGCCGCUCCUACCAGCGGUGGACAGGGAUCUCUCUUGACAUUCGAGGAUGGCUCAACGGCCACCUAUAACAACCCCUACGGCGGUACAUGGGUAUGGGAUCCGUCAGAUCCUUUCAAUAACGAUGCCCAAGUCAAUUCCUGGACUCCCGCGUUGAACCAAAAUUGGACCUGGGGACAGGAUAAGGUCAUGGGUGUCAAUCUUGGAGGAUGGCUCAACACUGAACCGUUCAUCGUCCCUGGUCUGUAUCAACAGUAUGCUCAAGGUGCCGGAGGUCAAGCCGUCGAUGAAUAUACCCUAUCGCUGAACAUGGGAGACGAUCUCGAAACGGCCAUGACUCAACAUUAUGACACUUUUAUCACCGAAGCGGAUAUCGCAGAGAUUGCAUCGGUCGGUCUGAACUGGAUCCGACUUCCCAUUGGUCAUUGGGCCGUCGAGACUUGGCCAGGAGAGCCUUUCCUUGAACGAGUCUCUUGGACCUAUGUUCUCAAAGCUAUCCAGUGGUGCAGAAAGUAUGGUAUCCGGAUCAACCUUGAUCUUCACACUGUACCUGGAUCCCAGAAUGGCUGGAACCACUCUGGCAAGCUCGGAUCUGUCAACUGGAUGUUCGGCACCAUGGGCCUCGCCAAUGCUCAACGAUCGCUCGACUACAUGCGGACGCUUGCCGAGUUCAUUUCUCAGCCCGAGUACGCACCCGUCGUUCAGAUGUUCGGCUUUGUCAAUGAACCCAAUUCCAACGUCAUCAACAAGACCGUCGUCGCUUCGUUCUACCAGGAAGCCUACCGUGAGAUAAGAUCUGUCACGGGUAUUGGUGCUGGAAAUGGACCUUUCCUCUCCAUUCACGAUGCCUUUGCUGGCUUCACCUCCUGGUUCGGUUUCCUACCCGGUGCCGACCGCUUGGCUUUGGAUCAACACCCUUACCUCGUAUUCGGCACUCAACAGACUGGACCCAUCCCUUCCAUCGCGCAGAUGCCCUGUCAGUACUGGGCGGCAGAUACCAACACGAGUGCUCAGCAAUUCGGAGUUUCGGUCGCUGGUGAAUUUUCUGCUGCCAUCAAUGAUUGCGGCUUGUAUGUCAACAAUGUCGGUGUUGGCACACGAUACGAAGGGACGUACCCGGGAUACAACGGUCCGACGGGAGGAUCGUGUGAUCAGUGGAACAAUUGGCAGGAAUGGAAUGAGACUGUCAAGCAGGAUCUUCAAUUGUUCGUCCAAGCGGAAAUGGAUGCUUUGCAGGACUACUUCUUCUGGACCUGGAAAAUUGGUAAUUCCACCACUGGCAACCCUCAACCGAACCCUUUCUGGCACUAUAAGCUCGGUGUCGAACAGGGCUGGAUCAACCCGGAUCCCAGAACCGCCUUUGGCACCUGUGCCAGUUUUGGAACGCCCAUCAAUGCCUUUGACGGCAUUUACCCCGAAGCCUAUAUGACUGGAGGUGCCGGAGCUGGUCAAAUUCCUGCUACAGUUUCUGCUUCAUAUCCUUGGCCCGUUCCUACCUUUUCCGACGUCAACGCCGCUCAGAUGACUAAUAUCCCUCAAUACACCAUGAACGCUUCGCCCAUCACUUUACCAGGACCUACCUUUACCAACCCUUCUUCCGGAGCGACCAUCUCACCAGGAAGCGGUUGGGCCAAUUCAGCUGAUACCCGACCGGCAUUCCAGGCUGUUCAAGGGUGCUCGUAUCCUCCUGAAUACAGUGCGACGGGUGUACCUAUCGUCCCGGGUAUGUGUGGUGCUGGACUCGACCAGGUGAUCGUCAAGCGGAACGGAGCGCCUGCGCCGACGCCUGCGCCAGUGGUCUAG